UGGUGGGUGGAGGCGGAGAAGGGACCCCGAGGGCCUGAGGAGGUGGUUCGGCUUCUGGUCGGGAAUAGCGGAAGAGUUUUGGGGGCAGCGGAAUCCCGGCGACCUCUGGUGGCAGUCGGGCCUAGUCGAGCCGGCCGCCGCAGGACCCAAAUGCGGGAGCUUCAUGUUCCCCGGUGGGAGAUGGGAUUGGGGGCUGUGAUCGGGGCUGCUCCCUGACCGCGUCCGUAUGGUUGAGGUCCAGACGCUGCUCACUUCCAGCCGGGAAAAUCCAGCUCCACCCCCAGGUGGUUUGAACUUUGAGCCUCUUUUAGUCCUGAUGAACACUUGGAACUUUAAGACACUUGGAACUUCAAGAAUUGGAGGUUUAUGCAAUUUGAGACCGGUCAGCGCUGAGCAGAGUUCAGAGGACUAAGAGACAGAGAGUAAAAUGGCUUCCAGAGGAAAGACAGAGACAAGCAAAUUAAAGCAGAACUUAGAAGAACAGUUGGAUAGACUAAUGCAGCAAUUACAGGACCUGGAGGAAUGCAGAGAGGAACUUGAUACAGAUGAAUAUGAGGAAACCAAAAAAGAAACUCUGGAGCAACUAAGUGAAUUUAAUGAUUCACUAAAGAAAAUUAUGUCUGGAAAUAUGACUUUGGUUGAUGAACUAAGUGGAAUGCAACUGGCUAUCCAGGCAGCUAUCAGCCAGGCCUUUAAAACCCCAGAGGUCAUCAGAUUGUUUGCAAAGAAACAACCAGGUCAGCUUCGGACAAGGUUAGCAGAGAUGGAUAGAGAUCUCAUGGUAGGAAAGCUGGAAAGAGACCUGUAUACUCAGCAGAAAGUGGAGAUACUAACGGCUCUCAGGAAACUUGGAGAGAAGCUGACUGCAGAUGAUGAGGCCUUCUUGUCAGCAAACGCAGGUGCUGUACUCAGCCAGUUUGAGAAAGUCUCUACAGACCUUGGCUCUGGCGACAAAGUUCUUGCUUUGGCAAGUUUUGAGGUUGAAAAAACAAAGAAAUGACAUGGUGUGAAAACUUGGGACAUGGAUCGCAUUCUUGUCGUACAUGGCAUUUUUCCUCCGGGGAUUUUGAGUCAUGGCAAAGAAGUCAAGAGAUUCAUGAAAUGUAUUAAUAACCUAA